AUGAAUCCAGUAACCCUUCCAGCUGAUAUCUGUGGCGUACGAACACUGGAAUCUGCGCAGGGUGCUGAAAAAGAAGAGCUGGACAGACUCCUGAAAAGAGCUGAAAGGAUUCUCCCGGAAGCGCGACUGUAUCAGAUUCCAUACAUUGCUGAUACAUCGAAACCGAAACGCAAGCAAAUACUCGAGAAAAAGAGGCACCAGGAAAACGUCGAUUCUAUCAACCAGCAAAUUGAUGAUGUAAUCCUUUAUUUGUUCCAAAAUAAUAGAUGUGAGGUCUACAAAAUGGGUGGCUAA